UUCUACAUAAUCCAAUCCCUCUUGCUUCCAUUAUCUACAAUUCAGGGUCCAACAACUUUCUCAAGCCAGGAAUAGAAGUUUGCAGGCAAUACUGCACUAAUAGGCUCUUUAUUUGGCUACAUAAUGGAAAAGAAAGAGUUUAAGAUUAUGGUGGGUGUGGAUGAAAGCAAGGAGAGCAUGUAUGCACUGUCCUGGUGCAUCAACAAUCUUAUUGCUGAUACCAACAACAAGAAGCUUGUACUGCUCUAUGUCAAGCCACCUCCUGCUGUUUACUCCUUCGACGCUGGAGGGUACAUCUUUUCCACUGAUGUUAUUGAUGCUAUGGAAAAGCACAGUAUGCAGUUAGCUAAUUCAGUAAUGGAAAGAGCUGAAGCUAUUUGCAGAAACUUGAACGCCACGGAUAUCAAAAUGGAGAGAGUAGUUGGGAUAGGAGAUGCCAAGAAUGUAAUAUGCAGCGCUGUGCAGAAACUAGAGGCUGACACCUUGGUCCUGGGAAGCCAUGGCUAUGGAUUCUUUAAAAGGGCGAUCCUUGGAAGUGUCAGUGAUCACUGUGUCAAGCAUGCAAAGUGUCCUGUUGUAAUCGUGAGGCACCCAUAAGAGAAAUUGGUUUCCUUUUCUCAUUAUUUUCUUUCUUAGUGGCUGGAUUCUCGUUAAGUAAGGUUCGAGGGCAUACCUUCAACUAGCAUACAUGCACCAUGUUGUUGCCUACAAUUUGUGUAACUUGCCUUCUGUAUUAAUACAAAAGCAAAUGCUUAAUGCUUUGAUAAGGGAGAAAAAUAGUCC